AUGAUUAAUCUAUUACACCUUGCUUCACUUUCCGGGAUACUAAAAUGUAUAUGCCGGUUUUUCAGGCAUUCGCCUGGUUCAUUGCCAGUACUUCAAUUGCCAAUUUGUUCAAUUCCUUUGGGCACUUGGGUUCCUAAGACUGGAGAGCCAAAUCGCAGGCCAUUGGCAAUGUUAAGACCCAGUGCCUCUCUUGGUGCUGCAUUAAAUUUCUUAAUUCAAGCACAAGUUAGUUCAAUCCCUAUCGUUGAUGAUAAUGACUCUUUAUUGGAUGUAUAUUCUCGAAGUGACAUAACUAGUUUGGCCAGAGACAAAAUCUACACACACAUUAAUCUCGAAGAAACUACUAUUCAUCAGUUGCACGGUGUCAGUGUGAUAGUCCCAGUGCCACGCCACAGUAGAAAUUGCAGUUUUUAUGCAUUGCAGUACUGA